AUGUCUGGUCCAUCUGGAUAUGGAAGAGGAGGUCGGGGUGCAGCACUAAGAGAGUUGUUUAAUGCUCCUGCAAGAAAGCCAGGACAAGUUGAAGAACCGUCGCAACCACAGCAGCCUCCUCCACAAGCUGCUCAACAGGAAUAUGUUGGCAGGGGUUUAAGUGCUGUCGGCAGAGCAAGUGUGGUAAGUACUAUUGGUAGGGCCAGUCCAUCCGGUGCAAUUCCAAAAACAGGUAUGUCACCUGUGGGACGAGGGUUAGCCAGUUUGCUCCAUCAGAUGAAAACUGAAGAUCAACAGCAAAAAAGCAAUGUUGCAGCUGCUCAUACCCCUCCAAGGAUAUCGCCUGAGAUGGUGACUCCAGUUCCUUCACCGAGCCAUGUGUCUUCCUAUUCAUCAUCAUUAUCCCCUUCACCAAGAGGGCGUGGUGUAGCAGGAUUAUAUCAAACAUCUGUUUCCUCUGUUUCCUCAACAGGCUCUGUUUCUCCUAAAAUGCCAGAAUCUCCUGUACAGAGAGUAGGACGUGGUGCUCUUGGCCUGGGAAGAGGACUGUUAUCACCAACGUUGACAUCACAGCCAGUCAGUCAGAGGGUUCCAGCUGUAGCCAAAUCUCCAACUAUGGGUUUAGGUGGAGAUGAUGGCAUAACGUUACCAAAGACACCACCUCAAAGUUUUUUAGACAAACCAUCUCCUGUUGGACCUGCAGGUGACGCAGGUAUCUCAGCUACCGAAAAAAUGCAGAAACUUGGGAUUCAAGAAAAGAGAGAGAGGAUUUCUAAGACUGGUUCAGUUGGUCAAAAGGUUCCAAUAGCCUGUAACUAUAUCCAUUUCAAGUGUCGUAAUGAGGGAGUCUACCAGUAUGCAGUGUCUUUUUCACCUCAAGUCGACAGUAAAAGUAUGAGAUUCAGUUUAGUAAAUGCACAUAGAGACACAAUUGGUUUUGUUAAAGCAUUUGAUGGUGCUAUAUUAUAUUUACCAAUUAAACUUGAAGAAGCAACUACAAUAUUCAAGUCUGAACGACCAACUGAUGGUGUGGAAAUAAUUAUCAAAAUAGUAUUGACUAAAAUACUACCACCACAGCAGUGUAUACAGCCAUAUAAUGUUAUCUUACGAAAGAUAAUGAGAAUUCUUGAUAUGAAACAAGUAGCACGGCAUUAUUUUGAUCCACAUAAAGCAGUCUCUGUACCACAACACAAAUUAGAGAUUUGGCCAGGUUAUGUAACUGCCAUACAUGAAUUUGAAGGUGGUUUAAUGAUGUUAGCAGAUGUCUCGCACAAGGUAUUGCGUAACCAGAAUGUAUUGGAUUAUAUGUAUGAGCUAUUUCAUAAAUAUCCCAAGACCUUUCAAGAGGAAUGUACUCGUCGACUUGUGGGUAAUAUUGUACUUACACGGUAUAACAACAGGACUUAUCGUAUUGAUGAUAUUGCAUGGGAUAAAAAUCCCAACUCCACAUUUAAGUAUGGCAGAGAUGAUCAGGACAUGUCAUUUGUUGACUACUACAUGAAAUCAUACAACAAGAAGAUUUCCGAUCUUGAGCAACCAUUGUUGAUCAACAGACCUAAAAAGAGAAGUGCUGAGGGAUCAACAGCUGAGUUACCAGCACAACAAGAAAUUAUCUGUUUAGUUCCUGAGUUAGCUAGUUUAACUGGCCUCACAGAUGAAAUGAGACAGGAUUUCAGAGUUAUGAAGGACAUUGCAAGUCAUACCAGGGUAACGCCUGCACAGCGAAGGCUUGCUAUGAUGAACUACAUUGAACGUGUCAAUAAUACACCAGAAGCCAAACAAGAACUAGCCAAAUGGGGUUUGGAAUUGGACACAGAUAUCAUGAAGACUGAAGGACGUGCAUUACCACCUGAGAAAAUAAUCUUUCAACGCAAGACCAUUACAGCUAAUGCUGAAGCUGAUUGGGGUAGAGAUCUAACUCGAGAUUUGGUUAUUUCUCCAGUGCAUUUACAAAGUUGGAUGGUAGUUUUCACAAAAAGAGAUUCCAACAAAGCCAUGGAUUUUAUUCAGAUGAUGAAACAAGUUGCUCCACAGAUGGGUAUCCAAGUGAAUAACCCAUUGCAGUUAGAAAUAAGAGAUGAUAGAACAGAGACUUAUCUGAGAACGAUCAGAGAGAGUUUAAACCAGCAGAUCCAGAUGGUGGUUAUUAUUUUCCCAACAUCACGUGAUGAUAGAUACAGUGCAAUCAGAGCUAUGCUGUGUAGAUCACCUGUUCUUACAUAGGUGAUUAUUGGCAGGACCAUAAGUCAACAACAAAAGUUGCGAUCAGUCACUCAAAAAGUUGCACUUCAAAUCAACUGCAAACUUGGAGGAGAACUUUGGGCGCUUGAAAUACCAUUGAAAAAAAUAAUGGUUGUUGGUAUUGAUGUUUAUCAUGAUGCUGUUCGAAGUAAUAAAUCAGUGGGAGCAAUGGUAGCAUCUACUAAUGAGUCAGCUAUGGAGUAUAGAUCAGUUAAAGUGGGAGGGUCAUCUCCUGGGCAUGCGCAGCGUGGACAGUUAGAAAAUCCUAAUCCUGGCUUGGUGUUGGACCACUCUGUUACCAGAUUAGAUUGGUAUGAUUAUUUCCUGCGUGGACAGUUAGAAAAUCCUAAUCCUGGCUUAGUGUUGGACCACUCUGUUACCAGAUUAGAUUGGUAUGAUUAUUUCCUGGUGAGUCAGCAUGUACGCCAGGGUACUGUGUCACCAACUCACUAUGUGGUAGUGUAUGAUGGAUCAGCAUUAAAACCAGAUCAUAUGCAAAGAUUGUCUUACAAGUUGACCCAUAUGUAUUACAACUGGCCUGGUACAGUGCGUGUACCAGCACCAUGUCAGUACGCACAUAAACUGGCUUACUUAGUUGGCCAGAAUAUCCACAAAGAACCAGCGCAUGACUUAUCAGAUCGACUCUUCUUUCUGUGAGCAUGGUAUUGGACCAAGUAUAGCCGGUGUGGACCAUCUGUCUUGAGUGACGCUGUAAGAACAU